AUGAUUCAUCCAACAGGCGAAGAGGAUACCGUUAUUACGGGCAUCUUCAACAAGGAAGUAUCAGACUAUGAAGUCACUGCGGUUUAUAAGCAUCCUGAGGCGACUGCAGACAUCGUGCUGGUUCAUGGCCUGAAAGGGCACCCGAAAAAGACAUGGAGGUCAAAGAACGACGUGUUUUGGCCGACAGACCUGCUUCCAGCUUCGUUGGGGAACGAGAAAGCAAAUGUACUCGUCUACGGCUACAAUGCUGAUGUGUACUCCUCCAAUAGUGCCAAGAGCCCCAGUGACAAUCAUAUCUUUCAGCAUGCCAGGAGCUUGGUGACCUCUCUUACGCAGUUUAGAAGAGGCGAAAAGACGGUUGAGCUCCCGAUCAUAUGGGUCGUGCAUAGCUUUGGAGGGAUUGUUGUCAAGAAAGCACUUUUGUUCUCCCAAGAGCUACAUCUUGCUGAGCAACAUCAUUAUCGCUCACUCUUUGUGUCGACAUAUGCAAUCAUCUUUCUUGGUACCCCCCACAAUGGCUCGGACAUCGCCAAAUGGGGUCAUGUUGUUGAGGCAGCAAUCAACAUUGCUGUCCCGCAAAAGCUCUUCGCCACAGAAUCUCGUCUAUUGAAGUCGCUCAAGAAGGACAAUGGAGAGCUUCAGGAUAUCAACAGACAGUUUGCGAACAUCUGCGGGAGAUUCAAAAUGCACAUGGUCCAUGAGAAUCACAAGACUAAUAUCAAGACAACAAAGCAAAUGAUUGUGGAUUCUGAGUCUGCUUGUCCGCAACUCCCAGGCGUUGUGUACUAUGGAAUUGAAGCCACGCAUGCAGGGAUGUGCAAAUUUGAUACUAUAAAUGCCCCAGGUUUCCGCAACAUUUCGACUGCCAUCCGAGAUUGGGUUCAUGAAGCAUCGCUUGUUGUUUCCCAACGCUGGAUCGGAGAGCACGAAACCCGUCGUAACACGGCCAGGAAUGAAAUCGAUGAGCGAAUGCUAUCUUGGAUGAAUCCUCAUACUCGAAGUCUACGGUCAUUAUCUUCAACCACCUACAACGGAGCCAUCACGCCAAGCAUUACCAACGUCUUACCGAUGUCAGCUGUUCAAUCUGUUGGUCCUUCAAAGAUGAACCAACCCGACAAAGAAAAUCCAAUUCUCAUCCAGACUGGGGAAGAGGUAGCGGAUUACAUGCAUGAACUCGAUGGCAAAGGUCAUGCCCUGCUGGAUACGUCUUCCGCGUCAGUGAAGUAUGACGAAACUGCUCGCAAAUGGAAACCCCAGGAGCUUCCCACAGUGACAAUGAAUAGCCACAUUGACUAUUACGACCUGUACCAGGACUGCCUCGAAAUCAGGGACAGUUUAAUCGCUACCAUCAACAAGUUCCGGAAUACGCACGGACAAGAUCCAUUUAUCGAAUCAAGACAAGAGACUUGGGCUGGGGUUCAAGAAGCAGUCCGCCGAUUCUACGACCAGCUUCGAUCUCGAUCAGAGAGCCCAGAGGAAACUAGCUCUGUUGAGAGACUGAGAAAGGCAUACGAUGACCCAAGCGAUGAUAACUUUGAUUUUGUCAAUUUUCUCUCAAAGUAUACGCCACCUCGAUUACUCUUGAAUUCAGUUCUAUGUGCCGGAUUGAAGACAUUACUCACGGCAAUGAGAGUCAACAUGAACCGAGACUACGAAUUACACGACCUCCUUGAAGAUUUGCCCGGCAUUCUGAAUCAUUCGACUCGUUUCAUCGAGGGGCUUGGGGCAGAUGAAGAAUUUCAUCGCAAAAUAUCCGCUGUCUACAGCUGUCUGCUCAGAUUACUCCGAGUAUCUUUGAAAUUUGUCGGUGGAUCAGACAGCUCAAGGCUAAACAAGCUUGUUGAUCGUGUGGCGAUGUUAAAGAUGAGAGCGAAGAAGCUCCAUACCUAUGCUUCGAGCGCUUCUUAUCUAAAACUAAAGGAGCUACAAGUUCUGCAAGAACGAAACCUAGUCCGCGUAAUGGCACUGGAAGGCUUGAAGGAAAUUCUGAUCGACGACAGGAGGAGAGAUAUCGAGCAACUACUGGCUAAGACCCCGGAGCUACCCAAACACGAGGAUGAGGAUACAGACGAAACACAGAAAGAGGUCCCUAUACAGGUUACUCAGGAGACGGCCAUCGACACCGCUUUAUGCCAAUCAUCCGAGCAUGCACCGGAUGAGGUGUCAACCAUACCAGAGAUUCUAGAGAUGCUGGACGGUCUUAAAAAGUAG